GCUCCGGGCCGUCGCCCCGCGUCGCUUCCGGGCCCGCGAAUGGAUCUCGGCCGAGGCCGCCUACGAGGCCACCGCGCCCACGCCACGCUUUCAAUGGCUCGACGUGACCGGUGACGGACGCGCAGAGCUCGUAGCUCCGUUUGCUCGCUCCUGGUUUGGAGCGCUCCACGCCAGCGAUCUCGGCGCUUCGCCGGCUGUCGUCAACCUCGCCAGCCCAAGCAUUUGCCCGGCCGGCGCCUCGCUUGCAUGUCUUGCCCGCAUCACGUCGGCGUUCUGGGAUGGCGCGGGUGCUUCGGCGCUACUCACGGUCUCGCUGCACAACACGAGCGUGGGAUGCGCGGUCGAGUCUGCGCCCAUGCCCGUCACCGGUCGGCUUCACCUGGUAGAGGGAGCCAUCGACUGCAGCCUGAGCGGCGGCAGUGGUGCUUCGUUUGCACUGGCGAGCACCUCUGCGCACCAGUCGCUCUCCCGGCUCAGCGUUAGUGGCACCACGGUGCCGCUGACCGUGACUGCCGGCGUGCUCAAGCUCGGUGACGUCGCCUUUGUCGGAUGUUCAUCCUCCAGCUCGGGCGGUGCCAUCACCGUCUCGGGCACCUCGUCGGCGCUCUUGGCGCGGCACCUGGUCCUUCGCAACAACAUCGCUGCGGGUGAUGGUGGCGCGCUGGCCGACGUGGCGCUCUCGGUGGUGGUCUCGACGCUCCUUACCACCCUCGCCGGGCUUCCGCUCCUCCACCGCGGAUUCAAGUCGGCCGAUGAUGUGGUGCGGACGAUGGCGCUCCGCGUCGGCGUCGGCGUCUUGGUUUUGCUGGUCGCUAUCAAUGGCGCCGUCUUUACGCUCCCGCUCUGGCUCGAUGGCAUUCCGUUUGCGCCUGAUACUCUCGCUGUCAUGCUCGUGGUCUCGUUUGUUCUCCAGCUGUUGAUCAGUGAGCCACUUGUCGCCACGCUGCAGUACGUGGUGCUCGGCGACAAGGCGCUGUACGUCGUCGAGGGCGGAAACGGUGGUGUGGCUCUCUCUGCUGUCGCCCCGGCUCACGACUCGUCGUCGUUGUCGUCGAGUGCUCUGUCCAAGCGCGGCCCGCCCGACAGCGAGCCGACCGACAUCGAAAUGAGCGACCACAACCGCGUGUCGUCUUCGAGCCCAGAAUCGCUCUCGGCCUCUUCUGCUGUUUGA